GAUAGCUAUCAAUAAUGGUCAGAUCAGCCCAAGUAGAGAGAAAUACCGGAGAAACACAAAUAAAAGUUAAUUUAACAAUUGACGCCGUAUUUAAUAAACAAAAGCAAGUGAUUGAUGUACACACAGGUAUUGGAUUCUUAGAUCACAUGUAUAGUGCACUCGCAAAACAUGGUGGAAUGUCCUUAGAAAUGCACUGUAAGGGUGAUUUAUGGAUAGAUGAUCAUCAUACCGCAGAAGAUUCAGCAUUAGCGUUGGGUACAGCAUUUAAGCAAGCAUUAGGUGAUAUUAAAGGUAUAAAAAGAUACGGAUCUGCAUAUGCACCAUUAGAUGAAGCACUCUCUAGAGCAGUUUUAGAUAUUUCAGGUAGAUCAUACUGUGUAGCAGAAUUAGAUCUCAAGAGGGAAAAGAUUGGCGACUUGAGUUGUGAAAUGAUUCCUCACAUUUUCCACUCGUUCGCAGACACAGCAGCUAUUACACUCCACGUUGAUUGUUUGAGAGGUAACAAUGAUCAUCACAGAUCUGAAUCUGCAUUCAAAGCACUCGCUUUAGCAAUCAAGGAUGCAAUUAGUUAUACAGGCUCAAACGAGAUACCUUCAACUAAGGGUGUUUUGGCUGGUUACUAAAUUUAAUUUGUAUUAUAUGGGUAUAGAUGUAUGUAUCGUAAAAAAAAAGAAUUCGG